CUGUCAUACUGCCUGUCAGCUGCAUGCCAUUUGAAUCCGAACAGGGGUCAAGGAUAAAUCAAUAGUGGCCAGAAUCUGUCAUGAUGAUUCAUGGAUUUAUUCUGUUUGCCGCGAGCCGGUCUUUGGAAAAGAAGGGGAAAAAGAAAAUAAUUCCAAUAAUAAAAUCCAGCGCCUAUUAUUGUGCACAAUGGGACAAAGGCGACGAACCCGGAGGAUUGACAAUGAAUAGGCCAGUAUGCCUGUGGUGUCAAGCCAGCCCGUCCAGGAAACUCAGGUAUCACAAGGCAAGCCAUUUAGUCAUACUAUCCUCAUCCAGGUACACGGAGUGGAAGGAUGCCCUCCUAUCCAUGCUUUUUUCCUUUCUUUUUCCCCCUCCCCUCCACCAGGUCUCCAAAGCCGGACAUGAUGUGCGGUCAGGUAAGAGAGUACUUCUGGUUCAUGACAUAAUCUCGACCACCCACCGACCAUCUCCGUUUGGUACUUUUACACGUGCUGCUCCUCCUCCCCCCCCCCAAGGAGAAGUAUGUCACUGGUUCCCCUUUUGGUUGGGUAUGCAGAGACUCGUUCAAUGCUUCCAGCAUUGAGAUCGCACUGCAGUACACGCCACGCGCUGUCGCAUGCUGUUUGUGAUCGUGCUGUCUUUCGAAUUGAACAGCUGGGUAGCACUGCCAUUUUCAAAACACCGCAAAUAGCGUGAUGAGGAAGAGCUCCGUUUGGCUCGCCGAGCAUGCUCGGUACCUCAAAUUUGGUGUCACGGUCAAGGUAGGUUAUCCACCUGGUAACUGAGGGUAUCCACUGGCAUGGACAUUGCAUCCAAUUGAACAGUAUGUCCUGGUUAACCGCGUUUACUGGCGCC